AUGGAGCCUAAUACUGAGUUAGGUGAUUUAAUUAAAAGAGCAACAUUGAUUAUUUGGGAUGAAGCACCUAUGACUCACAAGCAUUGUUUCGAGGCUCUUGAUAGAACAAUGAGAGGCAUAUCACGUUCCAGUCAACCGAACAUGCAAUUGAAGCCGUUUGGGGGAAAGGUCAUUCUAUUUGGUGGUGAUUUUAGACAAAUUCUUCCGGUCAUCCCUAAAGGUACCAGAACAAUGAUAGUCAAUGCUUCUUUGAAUUCUUCUUAUAUAUGGCGGCACUGUAAAGUACUAAAGCUAACUGAGAAUAUGAGAUUAAGAGUUGGUUGUCAGGAAGCAGAUUUGAAAGAAAUAAAGGAAUUUGGAGAAUGGAUUUUAAAGCUUGGUGAUGGUCUGCUUGGUGAAGAAAAUGAUGGUGAGAUUGAUAUUGAAAUACCAGAUGAUUUACUUAUUCAUGACCAAGUCAAUCCUAUUUCUUCUCUCAUUUCAUAUAUAUAUCCGGACAUGAAUAAGUUUUUGUGGGAUUUAACGUAUUUCCAACAAAGAGCGAUUCUUGCUCAAACUAAUGAAGUAGUGGAUUCAAUAAAUAAAGAGUUGUUAGAGAGUCUGCCCGGUGAAGAAAAGGUUUAUUUUAGUUCAGAUAGUUUAUGCCAAUCGGAGGAAGAAUCAGAGCUUAAUAUGGCGUUGUUUCCUCCUGAUGUGUUAAACAACCUUCGUUUAUCUGGUUUACCUAAUCAUAAAUUAGUACUGAAAGUUGGUGCUCCGGUGAUGUUACUCAAAAACAUUGAUCAGGCAAAUGGAUUGUGUAAUAUAGGUCAUCAUACUUUGAUUUCAAGACUGAAGAUGACACCUUCAGAUAAAAGAAUACCAGUGAAGAUUUCUCGAAGACAAUUCCCACUUUCACUGUGUUUUGCUAUGACAAUAAAUAAAAGUCAAGGACAAUCAUUGGAGCGUGUUGGUUUAUAUCUUCCACGUCCAGUGUUUAGUCAUGGCCAGCUCUAUGUUGCUAUAUCUAGAGUAAAAAGUAGGAAGGGAUUGAAAUUUUUGAUUUGUGAUAAAGAGAAACGAGUCUGUACAACCACUACUAAUGUGGUUUACAAGGAAGUUUUACAAAAUCUAUGA